UCUUGUAUGACUAAAUCUUCCAAGUUUGUAUUGUUUCUUUAUCUGUUCAUCAACAGUGGCGGACCCUAAUGCUGUUUUAGUUAGUCACUACACAGAGGAUCGGAGAGGCCUAGAUCAGAAUAGUUAUAUAUAUAAUAUAGUAUAUAACAAUCUGGCAGCUUUUCCACAUCCAGUCAUUCCAUUAGAAAAAAAAUAUAUUUUAAUUGAACCAUAGUAUGCUGAAUUUAUAUGAACAAGCAUUGAUUAUCUUGAAGUCAGCACAUUCCUGUAUUUUGCAAUAUAAUAGAGACAGUGAUAGUUUAGUAAAGGUGGCACACUAUAAAGAAUUUACUACAUGGAUGAAAAUAGUAAUAAGUAGGUUACGUAUUACAUAAGAAUGAACACAAAAUCUACAAGUGGUACCAGUCGUGUGAAAUCUGCUAGGGGAAAUUGUGAGUUUGAGGAUAGUAAUGUAGAAAAGAAGAACCUUAAAACCUUUUCAGAGAGUGGUGAACCACAAUUGUUGAAUUCAUUUGAAAACAAUGUAACAGACAUACAAAUAAAAUCCAUCAUCAUCAAUCGAAAAAUAUAUUUAAAUCAGGUGAUGGAAAAAUUUGUUAGAUCUAGUAGCAAAACUCACCAUGAGAAACAAUUAAGCAAACCUGAGGAUCAGAAAAUUAUGCAAGUAAAAGACAAAAUAAAAGUGUCAGAUUUACAGCUACAGUUUGUCAAAAAAUGUUUUGGAACAUUUGAAAAUUGCACAGUUAAAUAUGAUGCAACUAAGAGAAAAAUAGUUUUAAAUGGCAUUUUAGAUGCAGUUAAUAUUCAGGAGAUAACCAUAUUAGAAAAAAUUAGAAAUAUAAAAAUGAAAGAAAUAAAACUGGAUAUAUUAUCAAACAUUAGAGCAAAAAGAAUUGUAAAAAAUAUGUUAAAAGCAUACAAUGUACAUUUCUUAAUGAAUGCUAACAUUUUAACCCUGGCUUCAAAAACUGAUGAGGUGUUGUGCAGCACAAUUAGGGAUGUAAACAAUGAAUGCAAUAAUUGGAAGACUUUUAAGUCUCCAAAACCAAUAGAUGUAGAGGAACUUGAAAACUUGAAAGCCAGUUUAGAAAAAAAAUAUUUGCUUUUUGUCACAUGGACUCAGAAUACUGAAAUAAGUUUUGUUAGCUGGAAACAAGAUGUAACUCAUGCAGAAAAUGAAAUUAUGCUUUUCUUGAAAAGUGUUGAUGACAAAGUUAAACAAGUUGAAGAGGAAAUAAAAAUGCCAGGGGUAAUGAUUUAUUUUUUGGAGGAAUGUCUUGGUGUAUUUGAAAAUUGCACAGUUGAUUAUGAUGCAUUGAAGAAGAUAGCUAUUUUAAGAGGUGUGAAAGAAGCUGUUGCAUAUCAUAAAAUAAAUAUAUUACAAAAAAUUAGAAGUAUCAAAAUAAAAGAGAUAUCACUGGAAAUACUAUGUAAUGUCAGAGCUGAAGAGUGUAUAACAAACUUUUUAAAAUCCCAACAUGUUCAAAUGUCGAUCACUGACACCAAGUUAACCCUUGCUUCUACAGCUGAAGAUAUUUUAUACAGCACUGUCAAUGACUUAAGCCAUGAAUUUAACAUUAGAAAGACAUUCAAGGCUCAAGUGCCAAUAGCCGUAAAAGAGCUUGAAACCCUAAAAGUGAAAUUAGAAAAAAAAUACAUUGUUUUUAUUUCAUGGACUGGACAGAAUACUGAAAUAUGUUUAGUUAGUUGUAAACAAGACAUGAUUGAAGCAGAAAAGGAAAUAAAUCUUUUUCUUAAAAGUUUUGAUGUUGUUGAAAAAGAGUUUUCUCUGAAGGGGAUUAAAGCAAAGUAUGUGUAUAAAUAUGUUACUAAAAGGUUUUGUUCACUUCUAAAAGAUGUUGAAGUUUUGGAACAAUCAGAAGGGGAAGAUGGUAUUAAAGUUAAAUUCAAAGAAAGCUAUGCUGUUGUAGAUCAAGUUUACUCAAAUUUAGUAGACUUUGUUAACCAAAUAAAACAUCAAGUGUUUGACCUCACAACCAUGUACACCAAGACUGAAGAUCUUACACUGGUGGUGUUGGGUUUAAAUACUGAUGAAGUGAGGCAACAGAUCCGUGAGAUGGAAAAGUCUGAGAAAUGUAUCAUUCUGCUAAACAUACCAGAUAACUCUUGUAUCAAGCCUGUUGAAUCAGAACUUGAUGCUGCUUGUCAGAAGUUUCAGUCAAAUAACAGUUUUGUUUAUGUAAAAACAGGCAAUUUACACAAGGAAAAAUCAGACAUCAUUGUCAUGUUUCUGGAUAAAAGAGAUAAAAGUUUUGAUAAAAAAAAGUCACUAUUUCAGCAUGAGGUAAUGUUGGAUGAUGAUGCUAUGACCGAUGACAUUCAAGUAUUUAUGAACACUGACACUUUGAGCCCAAAUGUCAGGGCAGAAUGUUGUGUUUUGGUUGGUCAACAUGAUCAAAGUUCACUAAGUUCACUUCUAGAUUACAUCAUCAAUGGUAUUCUUCAAGAAGCACUGUCUCUGGGAGCCAGUACAAUUUCUAUUUCUUCUAAAACUUUAAACAAACUGUUCAAUGGCACAACAGCAGAUAUUUCUGAGCCUUUAAUAACUGCUAUCCAUUCAUUCUUGGAGGAAAAUGAUUUAAGUAAAGUAAAUAUAAUUGUAAACAAAGAAGAUUUUCAAGAAUUUGUUAAUGUAGCAUCAACUACUUUUACUAAUAAAGAUGCUGGUGAUGAUGAUACUGAUGAAUCAUUUGAAGAGGAUGACGACUCCGAAGAUGAAAGUACCAAAAAGUUAACUGUAGGCUAUUUAGACACAAGUGAAGUCCAGUGUGUUACUGUAGAUAUCUGCUUUAUUGAUUGUAAAGAAUCAGCAAAACUGGCCAUAAAACUUCAGAAACUCAUAGAAACUGAAUGCCUGUAUACAUCAAAAAUGUCAAAGGAAGCAAUGGAUUUCUGGCCUAUAGAUUUUUUAAAGGCAGUAGAAGAAAAAGUUAAAGGGCUGCACCUUUAUGUUGAGAUGACUAAUGGCAAUGACAGCGUCAGUCAUACAAUCAAAGGGAAAAAACAAUCAGUUGAUAUUUUGGAAGAAUUUUUUAAGAAAGAAAUUAUGACAAUUAUUAAAAAGUGGCCCAAACACUGUAUUACAUCAUCAAGUACACCAGCUAGAAAGACCAUUGAAUUUUUGGGUCAUGCUUCAAGUAUUAAUGAAACAUGUCCUUCUUACUGGAAUUUAUACAAAAAAAGAGGAUUUUGGGAAAAAAAAUUUAAAUUAGGUUUAUUAAAAAAGAAAAAGCUGUUAGUAAAAGUGGAUGAGGAAACAAAAAAAGCUGUCACUGAUUUAGUACUGGCUACUUGGGAUUCAGGUAAAGUUGGCGUAGGAGCUGAUGCAACAGGGCUGCAGAAGCAUACAACAAUAGAGGUACUUGAUGUUAGAAGAAUAGAAAAUCCUGUUCUAUUUCAACAGUAUGCAAGCCAAAGAAAAGUUUUAUUUAACAGAAUGUCUGAAAAAGGUAAACUCUGUGACCCACUGCCUAUGCCAGUAAAAAGUACUGAGCUUCUAGAAAAUUUCAUGAAAAAAGAACUCUAUGAAGAGGUGAAUGAACAUUAUUUAUUUCAUGGCACCAAAACUGAAUACUUUGAGAGUUUAUCAAAACAUGGACUAGAUCCAAAAUUGUGCUUACAGGCCAUGCUGGGAAAUGGCAUUUAUACAGCAGAGAUGUCAACCAAAGCAGACCAGUACACAGACAUCAGACCAAAAGGGGAUGGAGACCAAAGAUCACAACCAGGCACUGAGCUAGUGAUGCUUUUAACAAGAGUUUUACUUGGUAAUGUCUUUGCUAUAACCAGGGAUGAUCCUUAUUUGGCUCCAGAGGCUCCAAGAUUGCGACGACCUCCUUGCAAAGAUUGUUCUAAGGCUGUUUGUUAUAAUAAAACUCAUGAGCCUUGUGAUUCUGUGAUGCUAAAUGGAAAAGGAUGUCUCUUUCGUGAAUUUGCUGUUUAUGAUUGUAGUCGAUGUUACCCCGAAUAUAAAAUCACUUAUAAAAGAAUAGCGCCUUAAAAUGUAUAAAAACUAUUUAACAAUCAGGCAGAAGUGACUUUUUAAUUGGUUGUUAUGAAGUUUACUUGCACCAAAAAUCUAUAAAUCACAGUCUCCAAUAUUUGAAAUGUAUUAAGGACAACAUCUAGCUUUAGAUAAGUUAAGAUGUAUAGAUAUGAGCAAUAAAAUGAAACUCAUUAAAAUUUUAACAGAGUAAGAAAACCUCAUUGUCCCACUGUUUUUGCAUUUUUAUUUUGUCUGUUUUAUUUAUAACUGCAUGUUUUGGUACUGGCAUUUAUUAUAGUAUUUAUUUGACUAUUUUAUAAAAAGAAAUAUGAAAUCAAAUCACAACAUAAAAUUUAAAUAACUAAUUGUUUAGAACUAAAUGAGGAAUAUAAAGCUAAGCCUUUUUUUUGCAUGAUAAACAGAUUAAAUAUCUGGCUGAUUUAAAAUGCAGGGUUAGGGUUACUUAAGUCUAGUGCCAUUCUCAGCUGAGUGGUCAGUAACUACAUGCAUCAUUUUCAUUUUAAUCACAUUUUUUGUUUCAUUUCUUUUACAACUUUAAUGAUAUUGUUAGUAGUUAUUAAAAUUUUUAUUAACAUUUUUAAACAUAUGUAUGUAUUUCAUUUUGCUAGCUCCUAUUAUUCUGUUACAACUAAACUUUCGUGUAGCUUACAACAACAAAACCAGUCAACUUUCUAAGUAGAUUUUCUUAUUCAAACAAUGACGUAAAGCUUCAAGUAGUAUCACUCAUUUAUGCUAAAGUAAAAUUGUAUCAUUAAGGUCUUAGUUUCUUUUGUGCUGGUUGAUAAUAGAUUUCAAGGAAACAGAUAAUGUGACAAUUUAAUUUUUCAUAAGUAUUCAUUAAUUAAAGAUUUUGAUAAUAUAUUGAGUUAGGGUUAUAGUUUCUAAUAUAUAAUGAGUGGAUUAAAAUUGUUUGUUAAGUUACAAUAGGUAUACUCACAAUUUUUGUGCUUCUUUAUUUUUAUGAAAAGACAUCAAUUUAUAUAUGCUCUCCUUAAAUCAUUUUGUUAAUAACUAUCAAAUUAUUGAAAGUUUUAAAAUAAAAUUUAAGGUCAAAAGUAUGUUUUUUUUUAAUUUGUUCAAUACAUGUAUUGUAAUAGUAAUUUGAUUAUGUUUAAACAUCCUUAUACAACAGCAUUCCAUUCUAUACAUAUUUAUAUUAACAUUAAAUAAGUUUUCAAAGUUAUAAUUACCAUUUUUAUGGCUUUUAUUUUGAGUGACAACAUUUCAAGAUUGUUGUAUGUUAUUUUUUUUUUUAUUUUUAAAUGAAUGAAGAAUAGUGACAAGCAUGUUUUUGAGGCUGAAUUUUAGAUGUGCCCUGGUACUUUAGUAUUCAAUCAUGUUUAUAAAAAUCUUUACCACUAAUUAGCCUAUCAACGAGUAGUUUCAAUGGACCUGAGAUUAUGAUACCACAACAUAUCAAAAUAUUUUGUUUUAUAGUCUUGCUUACAACAUUAUUGAUUUUUACCAUUUGGUGGUUGUUAUAACUGGGAUUAGCAUCUGGUAGGGAACUGGGAUAAAAUAUA